AGGCGUGGCGGAGUUGAGGGCAUUGUCACUGUUUCUAGUGAGUCCUUUCGGUCUCCUCAUUCCCAUUCUACUUUUGGUGGAUCCUUUUUACUUCAAAUUCCUCGUUUAUUUGAAGACAAAAUCAUGCUGGACGGCAACGAGACGACUGUAGCGGCACGACCACAAAGAAACGAUCCCCAGGGCCAGGGAGGUGUCGACACAUCACUGCUAGCGCAGGAGGAGGUGGGAGCAUGUCGUGGUCGACAAACGACCUCCACUCCCAGAGCAAAACUAGAUCUGCAAGAGCCAGGAGAGUUCUCUGCGGCAACUUGUACAGCAGAAAACCCCAAGCAUUGCCCAUCUUGGACGGAAGAAAACAAAGUUGCUCGUGCGUCAAUAUAGUUGACAACAGAAUCAUCCUGCUCAUCAACUACGUCUUCAAACGUUAACGAGUGCAAGCAAGUUAAUUCUAGUACAACUUCUAGCAGUAUACAAGACAAGAAUCAUGGAAAGUACGCCGUCGACGAACUCUGAAGUACUAUUGGACUUUGUCCUUCGAGUUGCUGCGAUUUUUCAUGGGGCGUGGCAUUCUGCUCUCUCUCUCCUCCUUGGCACUGCUACUGAUUAUCGUCCAAGAUUAUGAUUUUGUCAAACUGUUCUACUUCCAGAAAAAUCACAAGCGCUUAUUAUGUUUAUGAUCAUGUGUAUCAAAGAUUGACACACUGCUGCUGCUUCUGUAUUACUACCACUCCCAAUCAUGUAGCAUGUUGGUGUCAAGCGGGGAAGAACAAGCGCAACUGUGUCGUGUACGUGUUGUUUCCUUUUAAUGUUGGUCGUAGACGUUUCCACUUCGAGAAAAAUAUAUCAUAUGCGCUCACGACUCGCCGAGCAGAAUUAGGCUAA